AAAAUACAGGCACACACUGUAACUGUGCAGCCAAAAUUUUACACGGAUUGGCAAUGGAAGGCCCAGCGAGACCGGACAAAAUAAUCGAGGAGAUUGGAGGGUGUGGGCGAUAUCAGAUUCGCAUGAGUGUUGUCGUACACCUGAUCAAAACUAACGUCUGCUUCAGUAUUUUGUCGACCAUCAUUAUGUGUUCGACACCGCCUUGGCGAUGUGACGACAGAAUUGUUCUCGACAAUAGAACCUCGUGCAUGAUUUUGCAAAAUGGAUCAGAAGUAAACAUAUGUCCUUCCAAAACCUGUGUCCUUACGAAUGACACGAAAUGUUCUAGUUUCAUUUUCGAGGGAAACCUUCAAACGAUUGUCAGCGAGUUUGGUUUAGUGUGUGGGCGUGACUACAUUCCAAGUUUAAUCAUGACCUUACAAGUUGCUGGGUUACUCGCAGGAAACAUACUUGCUGGACAGUUAUCAGAUCUGAUUGGGCGCAAACCUCCAUUCUUCACCUCCAUAAUUCUCAUAACUGUUUUCAAUCUGGUUGGUUUCUUUUCCGUAAACUGGGUCAUGUUUGCUGUUGCGAGGAUUUUCGUCGGCAUUGGAUCAAGUUUUUUCUUGUCGACACAAUAUUGCUUGUUAUCCUAAUUUGCCUUAGCAAAAUGGCGCGUGUGGAUCGUUGGUUUUCCCUCUUGGCCGGUAGAAGGAUGCGUGCUUGCUUUGUGCGCCUGGCUGAUACAGGACUGGCGAUAUUUGCAGCUCUUGACAGGCAUCUUGGGAAUCCCGUGUUUAUUUGC